AUGACUGGAGACACCCCCAACGACACGGCUGGUCCACCAUCCAAAGCUCUCAGCAGCAAGAGACCACUCCCCUGGUCGGAGAACCCUGUGAUCAAACGUCUCAAGGCAGGAGAAGAAGUCAAGACCUACGAUGAGUGUACGAUCGAGAACAUCUCAAUCCGAGUAGCCAUGAUCCGCAACAGAUGCAUCCUCCGAAACGUCUCUCUCGAAAGCUCAUUCUGCAACAACAGCCAGCUCUUCAACUCGACCAUUCAAAGCACCACCCUACAUCGCAGCAUUCUAUUCGACUGUACCUGGAAUGAGACGAUUGCAACGAAGCACUGCCAAAUCAUCGACAAGCCCCUCGCGUUCCGACGGUUCCCUGCUGAGAUUAGAGCUCUGAUCUUCGAGGGUGCCGUUGAGUACAACUCCGAGAAGGUCGAUUGUCAAGGGUUUUCUAGCAUGCCUCCGCUUGUCGUAGCACUUCGAGGGGAUCCCCUGCUCUACCGUGAGGCUUUGGCCCAGUUCUACAAGAAUAAUGAGUUCACAUACUUCGGGCCAUUUGGGCUUCGUGCACCGCAGGUUGCCGUUGAGAGAAUUCAGAGCUUGUCAAUCUAUACCAAGAUCGCCGCAGCAAACUUGUCGACGGAACUGAGGAGACUCAAAAGCCUUCGGAGGCUGCACAUCAAAGUGUUCAACAACUCAUCUCUGCUCUUCAGAGAGCUCCGCUGGUGGAUCAACGACCUCGGGACCAUCAACAAACUCUCCAUCGAGGUUCCAGAUGACGAUGUAGAGAGCCAAAUCAUGCUUGGGAGGAUCAGCAAAUCGUUGGGUUUUAGCAGCAAGUUCACGUUUGCGUGUCAGGGUCGAGUUGCCGAUAAGGCUUGGGGAUUUCGCUGUAUCGCGUUUCCUGAAUACGGUUGGCAGAAAAGCAUCGGUGUCGCUGAAUCUAUGGCGAACAGAUUCUAUGUGUGGGGCACCUUUUAUGUAAGGCAUAUUUGGCAGGCAGAGAAGGGGAACACUUUGUGCUGGACUGUUGUGGAUGAUGGAGAGAAUAUAAACAAGGAUGCUGCGAAUGCAGUGAGCGUCAAGAAUAUUCUGAAGACUCUGAAAUUGGUGAAGUAG